AUGUCUCGCUCAAUACGCCGCAUCUACGCCGAUGCCUUUGCGAAAUGGCCCAAGCAAGACCUUCGACCGGACUAUCAACUCCAAGAUGUUCUCAAAGCCGCCGUCGAGGAGCGAUACAAGAACUUUAAGCCUGCCAUGGAAGCAGAGGAGACGUUAAAAGCCAGGGCAUUGCAAUUCCUCGUGCAGGAUAAGUUCAAUAAUCGAGUAGGUGGAUUGGCCACACCAGGGGCCGAGCUUGUUUUGCCAACAAAGCUUGCACGGCUUGAUGCUUGCCUACUUGACUGGUGCUAA